AAAAAUAUUCCACCGUGGAAACAGAGAACAAAAAGAAAAUCUCUAUUUUUGUUAUUAAUUUUCUUCGAGUUUUUUGAGGAGCUAAAAAUCCUUUCUUCUCUAGAAAAACUGACAUAAAAUGGUCCGUGUAGGUCUUCAAAUAAACGCCACCUUAGAAAAUGUCGAAGAGCUAGAAACUUGCCAUCCGAACUAUUCGUUUUUCAUCAAAAUCAAAUGCACCAAUUGUGGUGAGGAAUCCGACAAAUGGCAUGAUAUCACUGAAUCCGAACGAACUCAGCAGGACUCCCGUAAUCCUGAUGGCUUCAAUUUCUACAUGAAAUGUAAAAUGUGUUCACGAGAGAACACAAUUGAUGUUGUGGAAAAAACCAAUGUAAAAUACACCCAAGACGAUUCAGGCAAAUUUAAAACAAUUGUCAUUUUCGACUGCCGUGGCGCCGAACCAACUGCAUUCUCUCCUCGCAUCGGUUGGAUUGUAAAAUCCUCGGAAAAUGGACAAACAUUCGAGGAUGUAGAUCUCUCUGAAGACGAUUGGGUUGAAUACGAUCAAAAGAAUAACAAUUCCGUUGGAAUUUAUGAAUUCUCAUCUCAAUUUAUUAAAUUAAAAAAAUAAAACAACAAAACCAAAAACAAAUAAUUGUUAUAAAUUAUAUUUUAAUUUUAUUAAAAAAUAUUAAAACCA